AUGGACUCUACCCUGGGGAUCUUCCAAGGUCUCCUUGGUGCCCUCGAUCACGACAGAAGUGCUUACUCGGAUGGAACAUUCGGUUUUCGCCCACCAUACCAGGAACGUAAUACGUUUUUCAAGGUAUACACUGGUCUUGACCAUGGCGACUUCAAAGACGCUGGCGGCGAUCUACCUGACGCACGAUUAUUUGAUCUUGACGGUCAGUUUAUUGGAAUGGUUGCAGACCCUGGCAAUUAUGUUGGGUCAGGCAAAUCGUCAAUCUUCUGGGCAGGAUCGAAAGGGCAACCCGUUUACACCUUGUUCAGCGCCAAUGAAAAUGCGCAAUGUAUCUCCUUCGUCAGCGCAGUCUGGCCAGGCAGGUCAGGCCACUACAGCUGGGUCGGUGAUUGGGGCUCCGAGUGCGCAGGCGAUGAUCCGUCGAUGGCCACAUGGUUUUUCGGCAAGAUUGCUGUUCCUGGGACCAAAUAUUGGCCCAACUGCCUGUGGAUCGACUUGAAUGGAGGAGCACCUGCCACAGGCUUCCAAGUCAACUGGUUGGAUAUGAAGCCAGACGUCAACGACGCUCGUAUCGGGCAGCAAGCCAAAAGCAUGUGUCAAACGCCAAGUUUUCACCUUUACCAGCAUUACGACCCAGCCUACAUCAUCCACCAUCACAGGGAUCACAAUAAUCAGCAGCCGGGGCGGCCCCCCGUAUUGAAGCGCUCGGAGACAGCACCUCCCCGCAAACGCAGCAAGCCAAAGCUCUCCGCUGCGGAAGCCAAGCUUGCCUUCGAGGAGAAGUACCGCAACAAACUGGUGGUCGAUGACGUCCCUGCUCACAACGCCCACGCCCUCUGCGAAUCCGCAUCGUCAGCCGGGCCGAGCUUCGUGAACCCUGAGCACGGCUAUUUCUGCGACAUGCAGACCAAGACGAUCCACCCCGUGUGCAAGGAGCAGGACGGAAAAGAUGUUUGCUUCGAUAUGGAGCAGAGGGAGCUCGGUAAGUCUACCUAA